AUGGCUAUGGCUAUGGCUGCGGAUGAAGCUCUGGCUGUGGCUGGGGCUCAGGCUGUGAGGGCUUCAUGGAAUUGUAACCGUACCAAAAGGAUUUCCUUCAUGAAGAAGUGUCUUCUCCUAUUUCUCCUCUGUGUAUUACCUCUGGCUUUUCUUAAACUCCAGCACACAGAAAUAAUCGUAGACACAAAACAGCACAAUUCUGUGACAAUUCUACUGUGGCACCGACCGUUUGGCGCGUCUUAUGACAUGAGUGGUGAUCCAUGCUUGGGCCUCCACAACAACACACCGCUCUGCAAGGUCACAGAGGACAAAUCUUUGUUCCCCAAGGCAGAUGUGGUGGUUUUCCACAACUCUGAGAUUGCCAGGGGGCAGGUGAAACUCCCUCUGAAUCGUCCCAGGCCGCUGGGCCAGAGGUGGGCCUGGCUGUCGCUGGAGUCCCCUGCUAACAAUGGAGAUCUGAGGAAAUUUGCCAAUAUUUUCAAUUUGACCAUGAACUACAGGAGGGAUGCCGAUAUUACGACAAACUAUGGCGAGCGGGUUGAGAAAGUGACGAGUGAAGACGCUCACCCGGUGCAAAAUGUUACACGGAAUAAAGAAUUCUUGGCGUGUUGGGUGGUCAGCAACUAUAACCCUUCUCACAGAAGAAGUAAGGUGUACAAAGAACUCAACAACAUAAUACCCGUGAAAGUCUUCGGGCGCUGGACAAAAACUCCCCUAAGCACAGAAGCACUCCUGCCCACAAUCUCUCGCUGCUACUUCUACUUGGCCUUCGAAAACUCUGAAUUUAAAGAUUACAUCACAGAGAAGCUUUGGAAGAAUGCUUAUCUGUCCGGGGCAGUUCCUGUCGUCCUUGGAGCGCCGGUACAGGAUUAUGAGGCCGUGGCACCGCCUCACUCUUUCAUUCAUGUCGACCAAUUUAAGUCUGUAAAAAUGCUGGCUGAGUAUUUGCUGCAGGUAGCAGGAGACCAAAAGCGCUACAACGAGUAUUUUCAGUGGAAGCAGAAGUGGAACGUGAAAGUGAGGUAUAAUUGGAUCGACAGUCUGUGUAAACUCUGCUCCCACUAUGACCAUUUGCCUCCUAACAAGGUUUACAGUGAUCUGGCAGCGUGGCAUCGCGCAAAGUAA